CGGUUUCGAUUUUGGGGAAACCGUCUAUAUUGAUUCUUCAGUUUUUAAUGGUUUCGGUUCAGUUAACCGAUCUGAACACCCCUACUUCCACAGCUCCACUGACUUCACUAACUAGUAAGAUAGGCUAAAGCCAUAGAUCUAUGCUUUCUUGCUUGAUUAUCUUGUUCCAGGUGCUCAUAAAACAAGUGCCCUUCUGCUACAAGGUACCCAUUACCAGAUCCUUACAACUCUUUAGUAACUUCUGCAUUUCUAUCUUUUUAGGAGCUUUGAAGUACAGCACACUACUUAAACCAUCCUAGGAUCAAGGAAUCUUAGCUUCAAACAAAUACAUCGAAACAAAACCCAGUCCAAUCUUUGUCUGCUUCCUCAACAUGCCAACCAACCUUGCAUUUCUUCCAUCAUUGCCCACUCAUCACAUGCAUUUGAAGAAGAAAAUAAAAAAAGCCGGCUCCUUCCCACUGUCCCCCAACUCUGCCUUACUCCUUUUUAAAGUGAGAGUUGCUUUCCAUCAUUACACCUCCAAAAAACCCACCAAAAAAAAUGGCGUCUUCUUCUUCCUUUUCGUUCCUCUCACUACUCAUGAUUUCAGCAACCAUCUUCUUCUUCCCUUCUCCCACCACUUCAUCUCCUCAACCAUCCACCAUCAUCCCAGCUUCUCCAUCUUUUCCAGAAGACUCCCCUCCUCUCUCCCCUUUUGAGGAGCUCUCCCCUGAGAUUGCUCCGUUACUGCCAUCCCCCGGCGGCGAACUGCCGUCGCCGUCGGUGGCUUCCAUCCCCACCAUUCCUUCCAACCCGAGCACUCCUAACCCGGACGAGUACGCCGCCGCGCAAGUUCCCGCCGCCGCUUUCGGCCCUUCUUCUUUCCCACCAUUCGGCUCUCUCCCUGUUUCCUCUGCAUUUUCCAAGGAGUCCCCAUUAGCAGUCUCCCUACUGUGCUCUGCAAUUUUGUCUGUACAGCUGCUACUAAAAACAUGGAGCUCUUGAUUCUUGAGUUUUCCAUCUGUUUCGUGGUGGUUCAGUCACAAGUGUGUUUUACUGUAAGUAAAAGUUCAUCGGUAGAUGCUCUUAACAUUCUUCAGUGCUGUCGUAUUUUCUUUAAUGGUAUCGUCGUUUAGCCGAUGCGCCAGGCCAGGUUGUUUUGUUCGUAUUAGGUGAAGAAACAUCCCCACAUGUGUGAGGCGGAAACCAACAAGAUCUUGAAUUUAGGUGUUGGGGGAAACAUUUGGGUUGGAAACAUGCUUGCUAUUUUCUUCUGACUUGUCGGAGUGAUGUGGUAAUAAAAAAUAGUGUCGUUUAGGUAAGUCUUGGAUCUGGUUUUUUUUCUUCUUCCAUGAACUAAUGUCAUGAUUAGGACCCGUGUCUGAAGCUUUUAUAUGGUUCAAGAGUUUAGUAAUUACCUCGAGAGAUGUAUAGGAAUUGCAAUUUUUACUUACUACUUAGAAUUGCCAGGCAUGAAUUGAAUGUUUUCUCGACCAAGUAGAUUGUGUUUUCGGGUGCCUAAUCAAUGGGAUAACCUCGAUUACCUUUACUAUACGAUGCAUUAAAAGGGUUAAUUCUAAAAUGACCAAUUGCUUACUUUAAAGACGAGUAAGACAAGCUAGACAUGUCUCUCGAUCACGGGGUGCAGAUUAUAUGUGUCAUGUCUCAUUUGUUUCUUCAACCUCUGAAUUCUGAUGUUACCAUCUUCAAACGCCAACUCAAGUAUGUUUGAACAUGUUCAGAGUUGUCCGUUGCACCCGUAUCGUGCAAGAUAACGACCGAACAUGAAUGUAAAUUUGUGCCUAAACACACUAGGUAAGAUGGACAACUAAAUUAGUUGGUAUAUAAUGUUCUAAGAUGUCUUAAUGAAUGUAAAUUUGUGCC